UACCGUACCGCAGCGCACCGCGCCCGACAGGCCGAGCCGAGCCGAGCCGAGCCGGGCCGGGCCGGGCCGGCGGUAUCGCGGAGCAGCGGCGCGCAGCAUGCGGUGGCGGCGGCGGCACUGCCGGGCUGCCUGAGGAUGCAUCGCCUCUCAACUUGGACAUCUCAGAGCUGCUGGGAACCUGCCUUGCUGUGCCACCCUGCUGUGCUCCAGACUUGACACCUCUGUGCCCUCUUCCUGCAGGAUGGCCCAAGCGGGGGGACCUGUCCGCUUCCACCCCGAGGAGGGCUGUGCUGCCUCACCCCCGCCAUUUGCCCACAGGGUGAGCCGGAGACCUUGGCUGGCAGGGGGGAGCCUCGAUGCUGGGCGGCACAGCCCCCCGCCCUGCCUCACCCCCAACCUCAACGCCGGCCGCCUCCACCUGCUGCGCAAGGGCCUGGCGCCUGAUACCCGCCGCUGCCCCCUCGGUCUGUACAGCAGCACCGGCUCUUUGGCCCGCAGGCCGGCCGAGGCGGCACCCUUUGGCAAUGGGAGCUGCGCGGGCACAGGGCGACUGACUGCCCCCUGCACCCCACGGCGGGGCCGGCCUGGCCCAGCCAUCGCCUCCCUGGGCAGACGCAGCCCACCAGUGGCGGCAGCCCCGGAGGGACACAGCUCUGUCGUCACCUUCCGCUUCAUUGAGAAGGCCAGUGUGCGGACCCUAGGGAGCCCGACAACACCCCAUGUCCGCUGGGAGAAUGGUCCCUACAGCCUCAGCCGCAGCCUGGAGCUCACUGGCGACAUGGGAUCCCCCCAGCCCCAGACCCUGCCCCAGGAGCGGCUCCUGCACACACUGAAGCUGGAGGCCUCCGCAUCUGACCCGCUCCUGGCCGGGGGCCAGACCCCAGGGGAGAUGCGUCCCUGUGGGAAGGAGUUUUGUGCCAUCAACACCAGCUGCCUCUGCCGAUCCCUCACCAAUGGGCUACCAGAGGAGUUCCCCACCUUCUCCAGAAGUCCCCUGAAGCCAGAGCCCCGUCCCCAAGGCAACGCUUGGCUGUACCCCCGGCAGAGCUCGGCCCAUGCCCAGCGCAUUGCCAAGGCCAAGUGGGAAUUCUUCUAUGGCUCCUCAGAUGCCCCAAAGACAGGCUCUUCUGCCUCCGACUCCACCCCCUUGGCUGAGUCUCCCCAGAAGCCUGUCUCCCCACUGCCUGCCAAGCCACCAGUGUCAGUACCUGAGCACAGUCUGAGCCAUGUGGAAGUGGAGAUAGAAGUGUCUCCUCUGGGCAGCCAAAAGCCUGGGUCCUGUGAGACUGGGAUUAUAAGGAGGACAGUGAAGUACUCCGAGACAGACUUGGACACUGUUCCACUGAGGUGCUAUCGUGAAACAAACAUCGAUGACAUCCUGGCCGAGAAGGAAGAGGUGGAUUCAGCAAUUGAGAGCCAGAAGGACAGUGAGAGCAACCCAAGCUUUGGGGGCACUCCAGGCAGAAGGAACAGCACACCAGAGGAGCCCCCCACCCCAGGCAUUGGCUGCUUGAAGGAUGGGCUGCGGGACAGGGACGUGGACGUGGAUGAGGACAAUGAGGUGGUUGCGGCAAUGAAGAGGGAGAACAGGGAAAGGAUCAUGGAUCGAGACACACAGGGUAUGCUCAAGUCUCCAGUGCCCUUCCUAGGGCACAGCCUCUCCAAGGAUGGCAUGGACUCCUUCAGCAAGCAUUUUGAGACCAUCAUGGAGUCCCAUCGAGCCAAAGGCACAUCUUACACUAGUCUGGACUCCAUUGAUAUCCUUUCCUCCCCAGCCCGCACCCAUGGGACCUUUUUUACUUUUGACCUCCCAACCCUCACCCCAGAAAUACAGGGACAAAUCCGAGACAGCGCCAAGCUGAUUGAGGAGAACUUUGCUCCUCUGGCUCAUUUGGAGCCAGACUCUGGGACCAGUUCAGCCACAGAUGCCCCCUGGACAGAGAGGGAGGAGGAGCAGGGGAGAAGACGGAAGGGUGCUCGGCACAGCCCUUGCCACUCAGUGGACAGCUUUGGUACUCCCUUGGCCUCCAACACGAGUGACCACCCCCAGAGCCAGCUGGUUUCAGAUUCGGAGUCGGAGAUGGACAGCGUGGAGCAUCUGGUCCUGGGCAGCACGGACACCCUUUCCAAUGGGCACAAGGCUGACUUGGAAGCUGCCAAACGCCUGGCCAAGAGGCUCUACAACCUGGAUGGCUUUAAAAAAGCAGAUGUGGCUCGCCACUUGGGGAAGAAGUACGUCAAUGAGUUCAGCAGGAUGGUGGCAGGGGAAUAUCUGAAGUUCUUUGUGUUCACAGGGAUGAGCCUGGACCAGGCUCUCAGGUCCUUUCUAAAAGAGCUAGCCUUGAUGGGAGAGACGCAAGAGCGAGAGCGAGUGCUGGCUCAUUUUUCUCAGCGCUAUUAUGAGUGUAAUCCCAAUGCUAUCCCUUCAGAAGAUGGAGCCCACACCCUCACCUGUGCUCUGAUGCUGCUAAACACAGAUCUGCAUGGACAUAAUAUUGGGAAGAGAAUGUCCUGCUCUGACUUCAUUGGCAACUUGGAGGGACUCAAUGGAGGCACUGACUUCCCUAAGGAUUUGCUCAAGGCACUGUACGGCUCCAUCAAGAACGAGAAGCUGCAGUGGGCCAUAGAUGAGGAGGAGCUGAGAAAAUCCCUCUCGGAACUGGCAGACCCCAACCCGAAGUCCAUCAAGCGCAUCAGCAGCUGCAGUAACCCCUUUCUGGACUUCUCUCAGGACUCCAGCAUUGCCACCUACAAGCAUGGGCUAUUAGUCCGCAAGAUCCACGCUGAUCCUGACUGCAAGAAAACACCCCGAGGGAAGCGCGGCUGGAAGCCCUUCCAUGCCAUCUUGAAGGGGAUGAUUCUCUACCUGCAGAAGGAGGAGUAUAAGCCAGGGAAGGCACUGGCAGAAGAGGAGCUGAAGAAUGCUAUUAGCAUCCACCAUUCGCUUGCCACGCGGGCGUCUGACUACAGCAAGCGACCCAAUGUCUUCUACCUCAGGACAGCUGACUGGAGGGUCUUCCUCUUCCAAGCACAGAACCCCGAACAGAUGCACUCGUGGAUCACACGCAUCAACGUGGUGGCAGCCAUGUUCUCUGCACCCCCUUUCCCCGCAGCCAUCGGCUCCCAGAAGAAGUUCAGCCGCCCGCUGCUGCCCAGCUCGUGCACCAGGCUGUCCCAGGAGGAGCAGGUGAAGAACCAUGAGACCAAGUUUAAGACGAUGUCAGCAGAGCUGCUGGAGCAUCGCUCCUCACUGCCUGAGAAGAAGGUGAAGGGCAAGGAGUAUGAGGAGCUAAAGCAGAAGGAAGAGUACCUGGAGUUUGAGAAAUCCCGCUAUGGCACCUACGCCAUGCUGCUGCGGGCCAAGCUGAAGGCUGGCUCCGAGGACCUGGCAGCAUUUGAGUCCACCCUGUUUGACACAGUGGGUGGGGAGGACGAUGCCCUGAAAAAAUCCCGCUCCAGCCCCUCGCUCAACGCAGAGCCCUCCAGCACGGCCACCAAGGUGAAGCGCAACGUCUCGGAGCGCACUGGCCGCCAGCCCCCCGGCCACCCCCAGAAGUCCUAAGUGAGGGGCAUCGGCCGCCUGCGCUGCAGCUCCGUUCCUGCCCCCCCAGCACAGGGGGUGGAGGCCGUGUGCCCGCCGAGACCCUGCAUGUGUCCGCCUGUUUGCGGCACGAGCUAGAGGGAGCGACAGCCCUUCUGCAGCCGCCAGCACCAGCCAUGCAGGGCCACGGCCCCUCCACCGGAGACGGUGGCAGAGCAGGACAGUCCCCGGUCCUUGCCUGCAGGAGCUGCCCGCACCAUCGGCCUCAUCAGACUUGUUCCUGCCCCUCCUUGUCCUGCAUUUGGCUGCAGGACCUACUCUUUUGCCCUGGGGAAGGGGAACAACUGAAACCCACCUGCUGGGCUCAAUUUUUCAAUGGUUUAAAAAAAAAGACAAAAAUGCAGCAAAACAAAGCCAGCGGCUGCUUCUUCUCCAGCUCCGUCGUGCCAUGGGGGUAGAUGGGAGGGGGCCGGUCCUAGCCUGUCCCCUCUUCUGGGGCUGGUGGCCAGGGAAACCAGGGCAAUGGCACCUGGUCCCCUCCCUGCCACCUCAGUCACCUCUGCACCCUCCCCGCUUUCUUACAACUUUUGAACAGUUUUUGUGAUACAGUUUUGCACUUUUUAGUACCAGAUUGAGCUGACCACUAGGGAAGUUUUUUUGGGGCUACUUUUGAUGCUUUUUGGGAACUGUUUAAAAAAAACAAACAACAGAAACUCAGCCAUUUCCUGUAGGCACUGCAUUCUGGGGGAAAGAGGCUUUUACAAGGACCAGGGGAGAUCCAGCUCCUCCCUGCCCUGCAGCAAGCUGAGCACGGGCUCCUGUGUGUGCUGCUGCUGCCUGCUUCCCCAGCUCCACUUUGGCACCAGCAACCCUUCGGGGAAACAGCCCUGUGGCUGCCAGCAACAAGGAAGCAGCCUUGGGGUGGCAGCAUCCAUUGCUGCACUUGUGGCUGCAUAGGAGGCUGAUGGGCCGGUGCUUCAUGACCCCCAUUCCCCUUUUCCCCACCCCGGCAGCCUGGACAGGCCCUGUUUGCACCAUGUGGGAGUGAUCACCAUCCUUGGGGCAUGUUGGGCAGCAGUGUAUAAGUAGUCCCAGUUGGGCAGCGACUCCUGGAGCCAGGGCUGACAUGGGGGUCCCCACUGCCCUAUGGGUCUGGCACAGGCUGGAGCCAGUUUUCCUUCCCACACCUCUUCUCCAACGCAUGGCCAGGGCCUCAGGCUGCCAGGAAAGCCUGGUCUGCAGCAUUGCAAGGUCCUCAGGCUGCAACAGCAGUGGUGCAGCCCCUUCCUCAGCCACGGGCUCCCUCCUUGCCAAGAAGUGGGGCAGGCUGGGACAGCCCCCACCACUCCAGGGUGAGCUGAAGGAUGCUUGUCCGGAGCAAGGUGCAGGUGAUGGAGCAUGGCUGCAGGAUUGUCCAGAAGGGGGUCUGGGGGCAGCAGAAGGGCUGUGAGCAGGAGCACACACGCAGUUCUCAGCUGCCUGGGACCUGGCUGGUUUCAGCACUGACUUUGCGAAUGUGUCAAACUUUUUAUUCUGCUCUUUUGAGGCUAUUGCAAAAACAAAAACAAACGAACAAAAUUUAAAAAAAUAAAAUUAAAAAAAAAAGGAAAGAAAAAAAUCCACCCUUGCCCCAGGUGGCUUGGGGGAGAAAAAAACCUUUGUACAGCUUCUUCUCUCAGUUACUGAAGUAAAACUCACUCUUCA